AUGUGGCUCUUGAACACAGCAACUCUCGAGCUCAAAGACUUCGUAGGAGCAGGCAUUCCACCGUAUGCCAUCCUCUCACACACAUGGGGCGACAACGAAGUUACCUUCCGGGACAUCCGCAAAGAUCGUAAGGCUGCAAAAGGGAAGGCAGGAUACACCAAGGUCCAGAAAUGUUGCGAGAAGGCCCUACAGGAUGGUCACCGAUAUGUAUGGAUUGAUACAUGCUGUAUCGACAGGAAAAGUAGUGCUGAGUUGUCGGAGGCCAUUAAUUCCAUGUACAGGUGGUAUGAGGAAUCGAAAGUCUGCUAUGCUUAUCUUGAGGACGUUCCGGGCAAAGGAUCAUCUGAAACUGUCGAGAUUAAUGAGGCGCUGUCAAAGAGUCGUUGGUUUACGAGGGGUUGGACUCUACAGGAACUGAUUGCACCCUAUUAUAUUGAGUUUCUGGGACGUGAUUGGGGAGCCAUUGGGCUCAAAACGACAAUGGGGACCAGAAUCAAUGCUGCGAUCUUUGCAGGGGCACUUACAGAAAUCACGGGCAUCCCUGCGAAAGUGCUUCGCGGUGAGUUGGAUAUACAAGUGGUCCCGGCCGCUCAAAAGAUGGCAUGGGCAGCCAAACGACUCACAACACGAGAAGAAGACCUUGCAUACGCACUCAUGGGCCUCUUCGGCGUGAGUAUGCCCAUCUUGUACGGUGAGGGGCUAGAAAGAGCAUUCCGGCGACUCCAACUUGAGAUCAUUCAAACGAAUACAGAUCAAUCCAUUUUCGUCUGGCGCUCAAAAAGGUGGACUAGUGGUCUAUUGGCAGACUCCCCCAAAGACUUUGCUGAGUCGGGGCUAGACUUUGUAUGGAGGACCACGACGCUUCAGCCAUACUCGAUGACGAAUCUGGGAUUGGCUUUGAACCUCCCCGUUAUUCAUAGAAGAGAUGGAAACCAUCACGUGGCAUUCCUGAGGUGCUGUAAGUGA